AUGUUCACAACAAAGUUGCAAGUAUUGACCAAGAAGGCAGCAGCACCUGCCCUACUCCAUCGGGGUAUCCUUGGCUCCCCAACCACUGGAACCUGGACCAAUGAUGCUGUCUCAAGAAUGAUCAAAAGAGAUGAGAGUCAUUCUCCUGCCUACACACUUCCAACCGUCCGAGCAUUCUCCACCCACGUGCCGGGUACUGUGACAAGGACUCUCAACAAGCUUGAUGCUGAUGCUGUCGCAAAAAUUCAGAAGGAACUCAGCCAAGUUGACACAAAUGAAGAUGGUCGACUUGACGCUGACGAACUUUCUGAAUUGUUGAAGAAGCACGACUCUGCCAUCAGUCAUGAUGAGAUCUUACAAGCUAGAGAACUAUUUUAUGCCGGCCGAGCUGGAGGAAGUCUAAGGUUUGAGGAGUUCAUUGAACUUCUGGACAAUAUUGCUGCCAAGAGAAAGCUUGAUCACCCAAUUUUGAAUGGAAACUGCAGCGCAGAAUACAUCUACCGAAAGACUCAUGCCAAGUACACUGAGGAAGAGCUUAACAUUGAACUAACACACUUGCCUCCAGAGAAUACAAGAGACAAGAUUGCAUACAACGCUGUCAAGGCCGUCCGAGGCGGAUUUGACAUGGCGACAGGAUGGAAUAACGAAGCCAUCACCAAAGACAAGGUCCUACAUCGGGUUAUCUUCCUCGAGACCAUCGCGGCUGUGCCCGGUUUCGUUGCUGCCAUCGUGAGACACUUCAAAAGUCUUAGAAGAAUGGAACGAGAUGGAGGUCUUCUUCACCUGUUCCUAGAGGAAGCAAACAACGAACGCAUGCACUUGUUGUCUUUCAUCAAGAUGAAGAACCCAGGCUUUUUCAUGCGUGGAGCUGUUGUUAUUUCACAAUUUGGCUUUGGGAGCGCCUUCUUGGCGUCCUACGCGAUUUCACCCAAGUUUUGCCACCGAUUUGUGGGAUACGUUGAGGAAGAAGCAUGCUCGACUUACACCAAGAUCAUUCAUGCCAUUGAGACUGCUCCAGAGGGCAGUGAACUUGCUGACUGGAAAACCGAAAUCGCACCAGCCAUUGCCCUUGGGUACUGGGAACUUGGAGAAAAGGGAACAGUACUGGAUUUGAUGUACGCUGUCCGUGCUGAUGAAGCUGAACAUCGUGAUGUCAAUCACGCAUCCAGUGAGCUUGCACUGGGCCAGACCAACCCCUACACGGAUCCUGAGAUGAAGGUAUCAAUGAUUCUUCGUAAAUAUGUGCGAGAUAUCAUGUCUCGAGAUGAAAAGUUGACCCCUGCUGCUUAG